AUGACUUAUGAGUUGGUAGAGUUUAGACCUGAUCCAAAUCUCAAUCUAAUUAUUGGACCUAAUGAGGGUAGAAGUGCUUUCAUGUUUGCUAUUGCUCUUGGCUUGGGAUGUAAUACUUUGGUUAGGAAUUUAAAUGUUUUAUAUCAUUAUGCUAAUCUGUUGAUGAAAAUAAGUUAUAUUAGAAGGUUUCUCAAGGAUAUAAGAAAUAUUUCUCAUUUUAUAAAAGAUGGACAAAAUCACGCAUCUAUAAAGAUUGAAUUAAAACAUGAUGAUGAUAAUGUGAUAAUAAUUUGUUUGAUCACAAGAGCUGAUAAUAGAACUCAAUGGACAUUAAAAUUGCCAUUUAAAACAAUUUCUUUUAUGAGUUCUGGAUUUUCUUCUAAUAAGCUUAAACCACAUAUCAUCCCUUCUGCUAAAAGAUGGCUAUUUUUCACUUCAUUACAU